AUGGACAACGAGGAAGUAUUUGCUCUCCCAGAUCAUUUGGUUGACCAUGACUACUUCCUGCCAGUUGUAUAUGAAGAUGAUCAUAUACUGCGUGAAGAAGAAGUAGAGGAAUUGGUAGAAGAAGAAGAAGUAGAAGAAUUGGACGAGGAAGAGGAAGAGGAACCAAUUGUCAGAGUGUCGGAAACAUACAGAUUGAUUCCUGGGGUUCAUAACCGAUCGAGGAUAUAUGUUGACAACCUGGGAUUCAAGUAUUACAAACGAGAAACUAAAGGACAACGCGUGUAUUUAGUAUGCGAACGGCAGAAGCAACGGAACCAGUACUGCCCUUCCACUGCAACUGUUAGUGCAAAUUUGAACGACAACAGAAUUCGUCUAGGGUUCUACCACGACCAUCCACCCAGAGUGAUCGACCUGAAUGUGCCGUUUUUGAGGGAAACCAUAGGUGAAAGAGGAAUUGAUCCAGCAGUUACAACAUCAUUUAUGAGAACUUUGUACAACAACGAAAUUAUCAACCAUCCAGAAGCAGCUCCUAACUACACAUUUAUUCAGGCUCAAGAACGAGUGAAAAAGAUGAGACGUAGAAGAUUCCCAGCGCAACCCCUUGAUAUUGGACAACUUGCAGUGGCACUGAAUGAAGCACGAAAUGCCAUUUACGCUCUUACAGUUCAAAAUCCUCCAUCUAGGUUCUUUCAACAAGCAUUGGUCGUCAAUGGAAGGAGUGUUGGUGUGAUCUUUGCGAACAUGGAUGCAGUCAACAAAUACAGAGAAGAAUUGGCCACUGUGACAUUGGUUGGGAUUGAUGGGACGUUCAAGACUGUGCCUCGUGUUCCAGCAGAUUUGAAAUGUCUCCUUACUAUCCAGGUGGUUUUCAAAAGUGUAUCCUUUCCAAUGGUCUAUGCUCUACUGGGGAGCAUGACUGAAGAAGUCUAUGCGGCUCUGUUUGAUAUUGUAAGAAAUAUUUUACCUUUGAAUUAUCAACGUAUUUGUUUUAUUACAGAUUAUGAAAAAGCUCUGAUGUCAGCCGUUCAACAAUCAUUUCCGGAAAGCCAAUUGAGAUGUUGUUGGUUCCAUUUUACUCAGUCAAUUGUACGGUAUUGUCACCGAAGGAUGAACAGUGUUUGUAAUUUAAUCCGUACGAACCCAGUAGCUGCUCGAGUUCUCAGAAUGGUCGGUCCAGGUUUAAUCAGUUGUUUUGGAGAAGAAUAUAGAACCAACAACUACUUGGAGUCUUUCCAUUCUACACUUCUAACCCAAAUGCAAAGACAUCCCAAUAUAUGGAAUUUUAUUCAAAAACUGACUGUCCUUGAAAAUCAGUAUUUCGUUGAAUUUGAUCAAGCCAGAAGAAACCUAAGGAUUAGAGAUCAAGCAUCACGGAGGGAACGAGAGAACACUACCACUGUGUUAGCAGGUUAUGUGCAACAACUCAACAGAGAUGAAGACCUCACAGGAUUUUUGAGAAGGGCUGGACACCGCAAUGAUGGAUACGUACAAGGCAUAAUCGGACCAUAUCCACAAGAUCAGUGA